GUGUAGUUUAGUUCCUGCUAACCUGCCAGUGUUAGUCGGACAGCUUUAGAGCUUGAACUCAACAACAAGCCCUCUCAGGCUGGCCCAUCACAGCCAGUUGUUCUUUUCUCUUCCUCCUCUCUCCCUCUCUCUCUCUCUGUUUGUGGGAGUCCUGUAGUUCCCCUCCCUGUGAGCCUGCAGUCUCACGGUGGGAGUGGGUGUGUCGAUGCGGACCAGAGCAGCCUAGUCGCUGCUCGUGUUGUGUUGAGUUGAGCGCUCUCUGAGUAGAAGAGUAGAAAGUUGGAGAUGAGUUCAGAGUGACGCGGCCCGCCUCGGAGCAGGCUAACCGUCCCGGAAUGGCAGUUUGGACCCGAGCGGAUAAAAACGGUCAGCUGGACCUGCUGCUACGCGACCGUUGGAUCCGAGUGGCGGCAGAACUCACCCGGGAGACGUUGACUCUAACGGCCGAGGCGGAGGCGACCGGACCGGGGGGAAACAGUCACUGGGAGCUCAACAACUCCUCCGCAGGCCUACGGAAUGGCAUUACGAACGGAAACGACCCGGGACCGAGUCCGGGGAACCCUGCCCGCGGCUCUUCUUCGGGUACAGACCAGCUCCAGAACCAGAACCACGGAGGGGGUAGAGGGCGCAGCGGCAGCCCGGGGCGAGGCGGUGUCAGCCGGGGUCAACACGACGCUAACUACGGUCCCAACAGCCCCGGGGGGAAGUACCCGAAUAACGGCACAAACUCUGACUUUGGAAGCCCCGGGUCGAGCUACGGGAGUCCCGGGUCCAGCUUCGGGUCCAGACAAGGCGACGUCCCGGUCCCGGUCCCCGUCAGCCUGGACGGCUCCUCGGAGGCGGUGCGUAAAGUCCGGGUUGUGAAGCAGGAGUCUGGCGGGCUGGGGAUCAGCAUCAAGGGGGGGCGAGAGAACCGGAUGCCCAUCCUCAUCUCCAAGAUCUUCCCGGGGCUCGCCGCAGACCAGAGCCGGGCGCUCCGGGUGGGCGACGCGAUCCUGUCGGUGAACGGGAGCGACCUCCGGGAGGCGACGCACGACCUGGCGGUGCAGGCGCUGAAGAAGGCGGGCAAAGAAGUCACGCUGGAGGUGAAGUACAUCCGCGAGGUUUCUCCACUCUUCAAGAAGCCGUCCCUGGUGGCCGACCUACCGUGGGACGGCGUCCGCCCACAGUCACCCAGCUACAGCGGCAGCGAGGACUCCGGGUCGCCCAAACACAGCAGCUCCUCCUCCUCCAAAGAUAGAAAAGUCAUAAGCCUGAAGAUGUGCUUCAUCAGCAGGAACCUUACCAUGCCAGAUCUGGAGAACAGACUUUUGGAGCUCCAUUCCCCGGACGGCCAGCACACUGUGGUGCUGCGCUGUAAAGACGGCCCCACCGCCAACUCCUGGUUCACUGCCGUCCACACCAACAUUGCCGCUCUGCUGCCACACACCCUGGCUCACAUCAACGCUUACCUGGGGGCCUCGUCCUCGGCCUCCACACACCCCCAUCUCAAACACAUCGGCUGGUUGGCUGAACAGGUCCAGCUGGAAGGUGGACGGCAGCAGUACAAGCCAGUGGUCAUGGCACUGACGGAGAAGGACAUCCUGCUAUUUGAAUCGGUGCCGUGGAGCAGAGAGUCCUGGUCCAUGCCUCUGCUCACACACCCGCUGCUAGCCACAAGACUGGUCCAUUCUGGCAGUGCCCGGGGUUCUCCCGCCCAGGGUUCAGACCUGGUGUUCGCCACUCGGACGGGCACGGGGCGGGGCAUCGAGUCCCACAUCUUCCGAGUGGAGACCCACUGGGAUCUGUCUUCAUGGACGCGAGCCCUCGUGCAGGGGGCGCACGCUGCCGCUGAGCUCAUCAAAGAAGUCUCCAUUGGUUGCACGUUGAACAGACAGGAUGUUCGGCUGACGCUGCACUACGAAAAGGGCUUCACUGUGACGAGGGAGCCGGCAGAUCCAGCCGGGGGCGCCGUGCUGUUCAGAUACCCCUACGAGAAGCUCAAAAUGUCCGCCGACGAUGGAAUACGCAACCUCUACCUUGACUUUGGGGGUCCAGAGGGAGAAAUGGUAUUUGACCUCCACUCGGGUCCAAAGCCGGUGGUGUUUGUCCUCCACUCCUUCCUGUCAGCCAAGCUCACUCGUAUGGGCCUGCUGACGUGAAACAACUAACAACAGCAGCAGCAGCGUGGCCUAGAGGACGGGCCCAGGCACAGCAAGGAGGGGGAAGACUCUCCCAACAUGCUGAUACUGGGGGGUUGAUUUUUAAUUCUUUUUUUUUUUUUUUUUUAAUUUCUCCAUUCACAGCUGAAGCUGCAGGGAAGAUUUAACCCACGAGUCGUAUUGUUGAUUGUCUCAAAAUUGUGCCUUCUCUUCCAACUUCUCCUCGACGUCUUCCAAUCAUUUGUAUUGCAAGGUCAGGUAAAAAGGAAGUGGCACUUUGCUUGAAGUCAUGAGGUGUUAGGAGACGGUUUGGGGGGGGGGGGAAGCUAUUAACAAUCUCAUAACAUUCCAUGUUAUUAUGUAUUAAAUUCCAUUAUGAUUACCUGACAUGAUGUUAAAAACAAACAAGCUAAGAUGCGAUUCCAUUACAGUGCACUUCAAGCAAAGUGUUACUGAACUAUAUUAAGGAAAGGAAGGAUUUUUAGACAAUGAAUACACAGCCAAGCACA